AUGUCGCACCGGCCGACUCCGGCCGACAGGCGGCGCUGCUGCGCGGCUAACAGCUAACAGCUAACCGGCGAAGAAGAGCUGACGACACAACAUGCUGCUUCACUCACAGCUGAUUUGUUUACGUUAUUUACGGUGUUUAUUUACGGUGUUUACGGUGUUUACGGUGUUUACGUGAGAAAAGCUCAACUUUAACAACGUCUCAAAGCUGAGUUCCCGCCACAAAGACGUCACGUCGGACUCGCCAUGCCCGUCCUGUGCAGCAGCUGUGCGGAGAAGCGAGCGGUGCUGAAGCGUCCGAAGACGGGCCACUCGCUGUGUAAGGACUGCUUCUUCUGGGCCUUCGAGGAGGAGGUGCAUCAGACCAUCGUGGCGGCGAAGCUGUUCAAACACGGGGAGAUCGUGGGAAUCGCCGCCUCGGGCGGAAAAGACUCCACGGUGCUCGCUCACGUGAUGAAGCUCCUGAACGAGCGGUACGACUACGGCCUGGAGCUCAUGCUCCUCUCGGUGGACGAGGGCAUCACCGGGUACCGAGACGACUCGCUGGAGACGGUGAAGAGGAACCAGCAGCAGUACGAGCUGCCGCUGAAGAUCGUGUCGUACGAGGAGCUGUACGGCUGGACGAUGGACGCCAUCGUGAAGCAGGUGGGACUGAAGAACAACUGCACCUUCUGCGGAGUGUUCAGACGGCAGGCGCUGGACCGAGGAGCCAUCAUGCUCAAGGUGGACAAGAUCUGCACAGGUCACAACGCCGACGACGUUGCGGAGACGGUUUUGAUGAACGUCCUGCGUGGCGACAUCGCUCGACUGCGCCGCUGCACCGCCAUCUCCACGUCCAGCGAAGGCGACGGAGUCGUGCCGCGCUGCAAGCCGCUCAAAUACGCGUACGAGAAGGAGAUCGUCCUGUACGCGUACUUCAAAAAGCUGGACUACUUCUCCACCGAGUGCAUCUACUCUCCCAACGCUUACCGAGGCUACGCCAGGACCUUCUUAAAGGACCUGGAGAGCGUGAGGCCGAGCUCCAUCAUCGACGUCAUCCACUCGGGGGAGAACCUCUCCGUGCGGGACGGCGUGAAGAUGCCGGUGCAGGGAACAUGUAACCGCUGUGGCUACAUCUCCAGCCAGGCGCUGUGCAAGUCCUGUGUGCUGCUGGAGGGGCUGAACCGAGGCCUGCCGAAGCUCGGCAUCGGCAAACAUCACCGGCUGCACGGCAAGAUCCUGUCCCAGCAGCCGCUCACCGAGAAGGAGGAGAGGAAGCUGAAGGCAGUCGACUUCUGACACAUUUUAUUUAGAUAUGUCUUUAAAUUUUAGAGUUUUAUCAGGUUUUAUUGAACGUUUCUAUGGAGUAAACUGAGGAAGAUCUCUGCAUUCAAAGGUCAUCCCUUCACAGCUGACCUGUCGACUCAAGGCAACAACAUGAUGGAACAUGUUGUAUUUUAUUGUUCUGUAUGACAACAGCAACACGACGGAUCUGAUGAUGGUUCUGUGUCGAGUUUAACGGGUCAGGAUUAAACUUUGUAUCAUCUUAUGUCCAAAUCCAGGAUAUUAAAGCAACUUUAGACAUAUUUCUUUAUUUAUAUGCUAUGUCUCAUGUCUAAUAAAUACAAACACAAACUGUUUAAUAUC